CCGACCAUCACUGGGUCAACCCAACUGAGCGAUGUUGGGCCAAGAUCGAGAAUAUUCCUUUGCGGUUAACCACCCUCAAAAUAAAAGAACACACGUAGACUUUAAAAUCCCAACUUAUCUAUAUCUGCGGGCUGUAUUAUAUUUCCAUUCCAGCCUUCAUGCUUCCCCAGACACGGAGAUCUGAGUACGGUAGCAUGCAUUACUUAGCAUUGUAGAGGAAUACGUAACAUUUUAUUAGAAUUUACACAGUGCUUUCAUUGGAAAGAUUGGAAACUGUGAGGAUGGUUUUAUAGCUUUGGCUUGGAUAUGAUGCUGAUUUUGUGAAAAUGAGGGGAAAAAAGUCAAAUCCACGUAAUAGAGCUCUGGAUGUCACCCAAGUGGAAGAAACAACUUACAGUUGUCCCGAUCGAGGCCAUUUGAAGUCACGAUGAUGCUAAUGCGGCGCUAUGGAGAGCAUUAUUGUGCGUAUAAGAUGCUGCAGAACGUUAUGUUCGCGUCAGAAUAGGCAUAAUAUAUGUGCUAAAACGAGUUGUGUCCGGUUUACAAUUGUGCCAAAGUGAUUGCAAGUUAGAUUUCCCGUAGCAUGGUAAUAAGAGGGUAGAAUAUCAGAUACUUAAAAGGGCUUGCAGAGAAAGAUUUCACAGUUCUUUCGAGUCAUGGAGCCUCGGAGGACAUCUAAAAUACAGCCUGUUUGUGUGUAUCAUGAUGACCCUGCAGGCUUCAAAUCCACCAUGCUGGACAUAAAGAAAGUUGCAAAGAUUCCAAACCACUUACAUAAGCGCUCUGCUAUGGCGGUUUGCGCGUGCAGACGCAAUUCUAAUUUUCGGGCGUGUGACGCCGAUUCAGGGACCUGUGACGAGUCUAGGCAGGAAAAUUUUAUCGACUUUUUUGGGGGAGUACCUGAAGAUAUGGUGAAAAGUAGCACUGUUACGUUCAUUCAAAACAUGCAAACCAUGUGCAAACGAGUGGACAAUUCAAGUGCUGUCAAGUUUAUUUGUUUGGUAAAAAUGGCACUUCACGGAGAAUUUUUUCAUCUGCAGGAAGAGGAAAACUUUGAAAAAACUAGGAAACCUUCCAGGAAGUCAGAAAAGAAAAGGAAAGAAAAGAAACGCUUUUCUCUUCCGUUAUAUGUAAGUAAAAUAAAGCGCAAGCUUGGAAAAGCGAAGAAAACAAUAAUGUUGCCCAUGUUUGGGGGAAACAUGAACGUUUUACAAGACCACAGCCAAGUUGGACGUCAUUUUAAAGAAAUUUGUAAGAAAUACAGACCUUGCGUCAUCGAGGUAGAUUAUGAAAAGACCGGUACACUCAUGGCUGCAAACCAAACAAACUCGGUCCUAAAAGUCUGGUGUUCGACUAAUGAAGUCCACCAUAAAAUAGCCACAGAGAUCGUUCUGAUAGCAAAAUCAGUCCAAGAGGAAGGCACAAAACAGUUUUUAGCAACCAGGCGUCGGGUUAGAUUGCAAUGGCGACCUGGGAAAAUCUUAGAUAAAUGCGACGAGUUUGAUGACCCGUUCUCCCUGAAAGAAAUGAAAUGGGAUACUUACGACAAGAAGUGUUUCCCUAAAGGCAAAAGAAACACUGCAGCCCGCACUUCUGCUUCCAAGCCUGCAGUUGCUUAUUGCCUUAACUGCGCAGUAGAUCUUCCAGCUCUCAAAACACACGAACGCUGCUCGGAAGACGGCCAUGCGUCAUCAGCUGAGUGUGUCCACCAUUCAGGCUACGUCAAAGAAAACUGCUGGUCAUGCUGUGCUCAACUGGUGAGUGUAGACACCAAGCCCUCCUGGGAGGAACACAGGUCUACGGGUUGUACAACUAGCGUUCACGUCUGGCGGUAUAGAAGUACGAGAAAACCGGGCAAAAAAGCUGGUGACGUCAUAGUUAGCAAUGCGGAUCUGUUUUUUCCAAUUGCCAACCCCAAGAACCGUCGAGCUGCCACCAAAAAGCCCCGUUCUGGCUGCCGCAAGACUGUAUGAAGAGAGCAGCACAUCGGCAUAGUUAUGUCUUAGACCUGACUUACCUCUGCACCAGCCAGCCCCUUUCAUUACAGUUCAAUAUUCCCUGGACUAGAGGGGGAUGGUGCAUUCUGCACGUAGGUCAAACGUCAGAUGUCAGCGAAACCAGUUUUAUUUUAUCUCAUUGGUCGCGUGGUUUCAUUUUUUUUUCUUUAAUGUAUAUUUUUUCGUCCUUCGUGCUGAAACUUGUAUUGUCUCCGUGAAAACUGUAUGAACAAAACCAAAUUGAUAUUGAAUGAUGGAAUAGAAGUCAUUCUGGCAAGUAGUGCAAAGUCUAUUUAUGAGGUUGACAAAGAUCACAUAAAAAUUGGUAAUGCGAAAAUUGCAUUUUCAAGAAAAGUUAAAAAUCUAGGCAUCUGGUUUGUUAAGUCUACCAAUAAUUUGCCAAUGCCAGCUGAAGAAAAGGAUCUCACACGCUUCUUGCACAAAUGUAUUUAAAAGUAGGAAAAAAUUACAUACCCCACUUAGCAUACUACUUUAUUAGCAAAUAGCUUAGUUUUAUCAAGACUUGAUUAUUAAAACUCUUUGUUACCAAGAUAUCACUGGAGAAAGUGAAAGGCUUUAAACUGUCUAAAACAAUACCGAGCAGUAAAUUUAGUUUUACAGAAAAGAAAGCGAGCAUCUGAUUCACCUCUUUUACGAAGAGCGCACUGGCUUUGUGUUGACAAAAGAAAUAUAUGCAAGUUGGCUUUUCUAUGUCAACAAUGAUUUAAUGAUAAUACGCAAUCAUAUUAUUUAUCAAGCCUGUUGAAACUGUACUCUUUGAUUCGCAGUUUCAGGUCAUCAGCUUACAAAAAGAAAUUUCUUUUACAGUCCAUGAAACUUUUAGAAUAGUGGUUAAACGGGCAUUUAAACAUCACCUAGUAAUCUAAAAUUUUCAAAAUAAUCUUGUUCUGUCAAAUGUCAUCUAAUAUGUAUUAUAUAUAGGCCUACAUGCAUAAUAUAUUUAUGUGUUAUAUAUAUUAACACAGGU